CGGUGUCAUUUGGGAUCUCGCCCACACGUGCGGCCGGCGGGCGGCGAGCGCCGUCGUCGAUAACCCGGAGUUAAUCUGCGCGACACCUCCCCGCGAGCAUAGUCGCCUGGUGCCUCCGGCUUUGUUUAUCCGAAACUUUAUCCGGUUUAUCCGGGCGUAAGUCCGGGUGACGAUGGAUUACCGCGGUUUAGUACUGCUCCUGCUCGGGUCGGUCGAAUGUUACACCCAAAACGGAUAUUACUUCGAGAACCACAAGUACUGCGAUGAUCUGUCGCCGUACUACGGGGAUAUCAACUUGGAGCAGAUAUCCGGGGUCUGGUACGGCGUGGAGAAGAUCCCACACGCGAAGGGAGAGUACAAGAUAGAACAUACCCGGGAAUGCUUUUAUAUCGACAUCAAGGAGCUCUACAUACAGCCAACACCAGCAACGCCGUACCCGCCGCUGGCCAACUCGCCGUACGUGAACCGGGCUUACGGCCUGCAGGAGCCCUACCGCAUCAGACACUUCGUGCUGGAGUGGCACGAGGGGCUCUGGCAGGACGACUACCACAUCAAGGUCAACACCUCGCAUAAAGGUUUCUGGCCGACCGAUGUGCCUGAUAAAUCGGUCGACAAAAUGUACCGGUUUUUCGGCGGCGUCAUCCAAGUCCUGAAAGUUUCGACGAAUCACCUGGUUCUGAACUUUUGUAUGAGGCUGCCACACUCCCAGCUGUUUAGUGUGGUUCUAUCCAGAAACGAGAACCAGCUCACGCCAGAAGACCUGGCCAGCAUCCACAACGUCUUCUCAAUAAAGAACUUAUCAACAUCAGCGCUCAAAAGAGUGUGCGAAAAUUCUGCGACUUUCAUACAAAUAUCGAGUCUUAUGCUAGUAAUAAGUUUUGUAGUAAGCUGGUAUCGUUAAUGAAUAUUGACUGAUGUAAAUUAUUUAAUAUAUAUAUAUAGGUACAUAAUAUAUUUUUAUACAUACCUAAUGUGCUUCCUGAUGAAUUUAUGUAACGUUU